CCGCAAACUGAUGCUGAGGUAAAAACUGAGCAAAAAUUAGAAGUUAGGUGAAGGAAUUGUAACCUUUCUCAACAAACAUGGUGAACAUCAAGUAACCUCUAAUACUAAUAUGCUGAUGUUGUCUCUCAUUUGAUCUUAUGAGCGCCAUAAUUUUCUUUGCACUUUUUUAAUAAAUAAAUGGCCUUACUUAGAACGCGCCACUUCGCGCGGCGUUUCACUUUCAUUACAAAUGUGCUGACUGUGUAAUAAAUAAUUGCUCAUCUGGAUCUCUCUGCCUGACUUCUAGCUAGGUUUUUUUUGCUAGAUUCAAAAUCCGAAUGACCCAUCCUACCUGUGCUUUGUUUCAGGCAGAAAACAGCGGAUCUUUGACCGGUAGGCCUGCCGAAGAGGAAGAUUUGAGCAAGCUGCAAAGUUUGAGCACGGUUUCGCUUUUGGACUCGCAUGCACUCGCAGAGGCUACUGAAUUUUACGAACCGGACCUGAGUCUCAC